AGUAUUAUUUGAUUAUUAAUUAAUGGCAGCGGGAGUUGUUGAGAAGAUGAAGAAAAGCUUUCUUCAUCUGGUGGAAUCUGUUAAGUCUUGUGGCUGCACCAAACCUCCUCCUCCCCCUCCCCCUCCCCCAACUGCACCGCCAACAGGAAACGAGAGCGCGGGAGGAGGAGAGUGCGAAGAAGUUGAGGAGAAUGCAGAAAAUGAAGAGGGGCAGGUGGGAGCCAGGGGCCCGACUCCUCCUAACAAUCCUCCCAUUCCUACAGCUACUCAUCCUCUGCCUGCAACAGCCACUGCACAACACAACACACCACAAUAAUAAUUAUAUAUUAUUUAUGAUUAUGACUUUAUGAUUGUUAAUUAAUGUCAUGCCAUUAAUAUGGCAGCCUCAUCAUCUGUAAUUUAAUUAAGUCUCGAGUGAUUACAUUAA